AUGGCCUCAAUCUCGAGUUCGCCAUUCGGCGUCCUGCUCAACAACCCCAUCGCAAAAUCCUUCACAGAUGCCGUCGGCUCCUUCCAAGAGCGCCGCGCAAAGCUGGGCCUGUCGAACCCCGGCACCGUCGAGGGUCUGGCCAAGGAGGUCCAGCGCGAUGUGCUCCUCAACAAUUACAUGUUCACUGGCCUGCGCGCCGAUCUCACCAAGGCCUUCAGCCUGUACCCUCUGUUCCAGGUCUCCCACGCGUUCGCGCUGGGUGAGCGGUCAAACCCAUAUACAUUCGCUGCCCUUUACGGGACAAGCAAGAUGUUCUUGCAGGGAAAUAUCGAUAACGACGGUCAGCUCUCAACAAGAUUCAACUGGAGGUGGUCGCAAGCCUUGGUCACAAAAACCCAAUUCCAGAUCGGAACCGGAGGCCAGGACAUGGCGCAAUGGGAGCAGGAGUACACCGGCAAGGACUUCACAGCAUCCAUCAAGGGCUUGAACCCGUCAUACCUGGAGGGUGGCCUCACCGGUAUCUUCAUCGGCAGCUACAUGCAGGCAGUGACCCCCAAGCUCGCCCUCGGACUCGAGGCUAUGUGGCAAAGGCCCGCGCUGAGCCAGCCCCCCGAGGCUAUGGUGGCCUACUGCGGCAAGUACAAGAGCGAGGACUGGAUUGCUACCGCGCAGCUGUCUGCUACCGGUGGCCUGAACACCACCUACUGGAGGAAGCUGUCCGACAAGGUCCAGGCCGGCGUGGAUAUGAGCUUGACCUUGGCUGGCGGUGCCGGCGCAAUGAUGGGCGGACCUCUCCAGAAGGAGGGCACCACCACCUUCGGCGCAAAGUACGACUUCCGCAUGUCCACCUUCCGCGCUCAGCUGGAUUCCAAGGGCAAGCUGAGCUGUCUGCUCGAGAAGCGUGUCGCCGGGCCUGUUAUGAUGACUGUCGGCGCUGAUGUUGACCAUGCGACGCAAUCUGCGAAGCUCGGCCUGGGCAUCUCCAUCGAGACCGGCGGCGAGGAGCUCCAGGAACAGCAGGAGAUGCUGGGCAGCCAGCCAUCUCCCAACAUCCCCUUUUAA